AUGCCGUCCUACCAGCGGUCUUCACCCAGAGUUGCCCGAGUGCAGUCAGCACCUGAAGCGAAAGCUGAUCCAAAGCAGGCACUGGCGAAGGUGGUGCCCAAGUCAGGUGUUUGGCGCAUUCCCUCACCGGCUCGAUUUGUCCUGGUCGUUCUCGGAAGUCUUGUCCUGAGCUCAACGCUGUUCACCUUCACCUAUGGCUUCACACAAGGCGAUCUCGGGCUCGUGAGCAAGCACCUGGAAGAGUGGUGGGAAGUGGGGGGCUUGAUCGCCUGGAGGGGGGUGGAAGUUGCUCUGGCAUGGCUCGUUGGAUUUGACAGCUGGGACGUGGCUUCAUUCCUCUUCCUAACUCAUCUGCCUACCAACAGUUUGCUGUCGGCCUUUUACCAUGUCCGCCCAACCUCGGUGUUCCUGUCAUACGCAAUCACCAUUCUGUCGACGGUGAUUCCAUUUGCACUCCUUCGUCGGCCUGCGUCCGUUCACGACCUCUCCCAUGCGCCUUCCGGUACAGUUGCCAAUCGCGCAAUUCUGCAGGACCGUCCUACCACCGUGUACACCACCCUCGUAGCCACUGCGAUCUACAGCGUGUGUCUGUACGCCAGCUAUGCAUCCUGGCUACCUGCCAGACUCGUCGUUCACUUCGAGGGUCUGCCCGAUAUCAGUGUUGCGCACGCCGGUCCCGCCGGGCUGCCGGUUUUGUUUAUGACAUUGAUUCCUGCUGGAAUUGCGGCGCGUGACUUUUUGUUCGUCAGCUCCACAGGCCACUCGGUCACUAGACUGGAGAAAGCCAAAGCGGCUGCGGCUGCGGCUGCGGCUGCAGUUGACGAGGAAGAGUAUCUGAUCACCUCGCUGUACCGGAAAACAGUGGGUCAGCUGUCCGCCAAGACACGCAUUCUUACGUCUCGCACCCUCCUUCUGGCAAUUGGAGUGUUUUUGAACACGGUCACUCAGGUGGCAGGCACUGUUCGUGGGGUGUCCAUCGAAGGCGCCGCUACAUGGGGAGCGGUCUGGACCGUAAGCACUCUGGCGGUGGGUGCGACCUUUGGCUGGAUCGAAGCUGUGGAUGGUGUUUGA